AUGGUAUACAAUCUAGGUCGUCCAUCUCGUGAUCGCGGGUUAUGCGGUAUUAAGAUUCUUUACUCUGUCUUCAAAGCUAUUGGUUUAGUCUUUAAGAAGAAGACCCAUUCUGGACGGUCAGGAGGAGCUCGAGUAGCUGAAUUACAGGGUGUGGAUGAGAAUUCAAUUCGCAGAGCAGGCCAUUGGAAUCAGGAUGCUAUGAGCAACUGUUAUCUUACUGCACUACCUCGAGAUUUUCUCCAUACGAUGGCUGGCUUCAAGCCUGUAGAUCUAUUACUUGAUCUUCCACCUCAACCGCCCCUUGUACAAGCUGGAAAGCAACAGGUUGAUACCAAUGAUCUAGCAGCUCAAGGAUUCUUAAAGCUUUUACAGCAGCUUUGUAUGGUUCUUCUACAGGAUGCGACUAUGAGCACAAAUCAGUUUGAACUACUUGACCAUUUCUGUACGAUCUCUAGUCAAGUUGAUGAUCUUAUAUCUGGCCAAAUCUCCUUCACCGUACGAGCCAAUGGCCCUGAAUCAGGCCUAGAGCAGUCAAAUCUUGCUCUAGCCAUUGAUUCUGUACAGUCAGCUCCAAUACAAAGGACUGACCCAGAAGAUGAGAAGAAUAUGAUUCAAGAACAGCCUCAACAAGCUUCUCUAGCUGUAUUUACACAAAUGCCUUCAUACAAACUAUCUCGUACGAUCAAGACCGUACGAGAGCUCUGGGCUGAGUGGACUAUAGGCUUGAAUGGCCAGCCAGCUGUCCAGGCUCUUGAACAGCAAUAUGGAGCAAAAUGGAGAUCUGAUUCCAAAGAACGUGUCAUGUUUGAUACGUAA